AUGGAUUCGUCUACCUUCCUGUUGCUCGCUGUGGCGGUUCUUGGGAUGCUAUGGCAAGACCUGGACCUGAGCCUAAGUCCCACGGGGAAAGUGCUGAAGAAGAUUGGCGACAAACUGAAUGUGACCAUGGAGAAGAACACUUCUGGCCACGCCAAGGUCUCGUGGACCAAGGACGGCAAAGCAGCCAAAGCGCCGGCGUUCGAGCGGCUGACGUACGCGGACGCGGGCGUCUAUGUGUGUGAGGUCGCCACGGGGACGCUGAAGCGCAGCCUCAACUUCCAGCUGGUGGUGGAAGGUGUGCCCGAGAUCACCAGCCUGACCAAGCAGCGAGCGGACAGCCACAAGGUGCUCACCUGUGAAGCCCUGGGGGUACCGGAGCCCAGCUUCCAGUGGAGCGUCAACGGCACAGAGGUGGAGAGCAGCUACGCCAACGCCAAGGCCACCCACAGGAUCAGGGUGGAGCCCGCCGCCAACCUCACCGUCACCUGCAGCGUGAGCAACAAGCUGGGCGAGGACGCCCGCACCAUCACCGUCUCCUCACUCAUUAAGGAGAAGACCCAGGAGAAAGGGGUUGGGGAUGAAGGUGAUGACCAGUCCAAGUUGAUCGUGGGGGUGGUGGUGGGUCUCCUCGUGGCUGCAGCCUUGGUGGGCAUCAUCUACUGGAUCUACAUGAAGAAGAGGCAAGGGACCUGGAAUACCAACGAGAAGGAGGUCGGCACGUCUGAGGAGAGCAAGAAGCUGGAAGAGACCACCAACAACCACAGCAUCCCUUAGAUGAUGGAUGCCACCGCCCUCAGGGACAGACCAGAGAACGUGGUCGAGAGACACCAUAGCAAGUUUCCAAAAUGAAGACUCCCUCACCCUCACUGGCUGCCGUAGACGCCCAUCAUCAGCCAGAACGCCAGCAGCGGCCAAUGAUAACACAGCAACGCUACACUAAGCCCCGACCACUUCAGACCUACUGUUGGAUCCCCUAACCACUUCCCCCCCUCCACCACCGCCAUCACUACUCCCCCGGCCUCUCUCUGUGUAAAGGUCUGCACUGUGGUUGCCCUCCAUGUGUAUUCCUGUAAAGUUAUGUUCCUGUGUUCCUGGUGAAUGCUUUUGUUUGUGUUUAAUUUUCAGUUCUGUCAUUAUUCCGAGGUCACGUUGCUUGCAAACAGAGAGUAUUUGUUAUUUUCUUCUUCCCCCUUCAAAGAAUGUACAUUUUCUUGUUUUGUUUUUCUUGGUGGUUUUGUAAGGGCCCCUGUGUACCAAAGCCUAAUAAUUUGUGUGAUUUGGGAUAAGCAUGCAUAUUUUGUUCUUUUGCGUCUUUUUUGUGUGGAUUAAAGAAAUAAUAUGAAUCUGAUUGUGGAGAGAUGAACCACACUGUCACUGCUGUUCUCUAAAGUGUGUAGGCUGUGGAACGUCAGCCAAUCAUCCCCGUUCAGUCCUUCUAGGGGGAUAACCGGGAGGACAUGCUAUCAACUAACCUCCCCCCGCUCCCCUUAAUCCCUCUUCAUCUGACAUGGUUUUGUUCAAAACUCUUUCAAAAUGUAACGUGUCGUGCAGCAGUUGUAUUCAAAGCACAUCGGACUCACCUUCCGAUGCAAUUUAGAAACGAGCUGAAGGGUUUGACAAUGGAUUGCACUAUUGGGAUUGAAUACUACAAAGUACUCAGUGCCAAUCACGAGCCAUUGGCAGUGACAGGCCCGGGAGGCCCGGUUCUUUUUGCCUUGUAUGUAAAUGGCAUCGGUCGCACUCGUGUCGGUGUGUUAACGCACACAGGGGCCCAGAGAUGGAGCGUCACAAUGGACCUGUGCACCAAUUACUUGUUGCACCGUUGUGCAUUUGCUAUUGCCGCUUCGCUUUUUUCUUCACUUUACUUUCCUUUUUACUCCGAGGGUUUAAAUGUGAAAAGGACAAAAUGUAAAAAAAAAAACACGUAAAAAGACUUAAGACUGUGAGGAGAAAAAAAAUAAUAAGUAUAUGACGUUACAAAGAUUGGCUCGCAAUAUUUUCCCUUCCGUUUCUCUACUGUAAACACUGAAAGAUGAGUCGUAGCCUUGCGACUACACACCGAAGGUCGCCUAGACUUGUGAAGUGUUAAUGAUUUUUAUGCUGACCUGAAAUCCAGUCAACAUGGUUUCCCUUUCUGUGUCUUAAUACCACCCUCUCACUGAGAGUCUUUCGUCUGCAUAACUGACUGUGUGCGUUUCACUCCAGCUUUCUGAAUACCCUGACCUUUAUCCAGGGUAUAUUUAUUUCUGCCAGUCAUUACACUAAGCAGUUUUGAGGUUCCUGUUUUUCUUGUUCUGUUGUUUUUUAAUUCUAUCAGUUGAUUUAGAUUUUGUCAUGCAGAGCCCCCAAGUGUUACGAAGGUACUGCUUGGUAGGGCAGUUCAGUCAGAGAGGGAUGAGGAUGGGUUAGGGUUAGGGUUAGUGAAAUAUGUAGUAAAAAAUACAAAGAUAGAGUAUGUGUAUUUUUGGGGGGACGCCACGGAAGGAUAGACCAAGAGCAAAAGAAGCAGUUGUUAGAAUAACCGAACAAUGUCAUCCUGGUUGAGGUCACAGCGCAAUGAAUGCAGUUCUACUCGUCUACCAAAGAACAACAGUUCUCAAGAAAAGAGUUAAUCAAUGCUAUGACGCUAGUCUGCAACCACAGUCCUGAGUAAGAUAAUGUUACAUGCUGCGUUCUUGCUUCAUGGUAUUAACCAUGAAGUCAAAAGGCUUCAGAGUUGAACCUCAGAGUAGGAGUAUACCUCUGACCAAGUUGGGAGAAAAAAAAACAUGAGAAUGGUAAGCAAAAGGCACUGGGAUCUGUGGUUUGAGUGACACUGAGAUCUGUCCUGUACAAUGGAAGAGGUGUGGUCAUAUGUGUACUGGAGAUCUGGAUGAACACGGCCUAGUUAGUUUUCCUCUCAUACCGUUUGUUCCUAGUUUUAAAUAAUCAGGUCAGCAGUGAAACCAAAGAGGGUAAAAAAAAAGGAGACGAGAAUGCCAUCGUAGUAUUGUAUAUAUUGACUUCUUUUUUUUUUACCGUUGUUGUCAAUAAAGUGUUCAUUUUGAACAACAAAAAAAAAAAUGU